CCUCACUGACCGCAUGGUCGCAGUAGCGGACAGUACUGCACAUAGGACGGGGUAAUAAUGACGACGAUGAUGAUGAUGAUGAUGAUGAGCGCUUCUCUCCCGUUAUUCACAUCAUCUCAUUUAUCAGGAGGAGACCAUGCACAAGAGCUCCUCUCAGACCUCCAGUGAAUCUAAAACAUUUGUGACUUUUUUGGGCGCGGGAUUGUAGUUUAGUUUAAAAAAAAAAAAAGAUAUAAAGGAAGAAAGAAAAGUAAUAAAGCAAGAAGAAGUGUGAGCGCGCGCUCGAUGUCUGAACACUUCCGCGGGAUUAGUAGGGAUUAACUGGGAGCACCUUCACAGGAGCGCCGAAGUGGAAGUGAUUUAGAAGUUCUGCAACGGGAUGUAAGGGUGUUUGAGCUGUUAUUCGGCUGGCACUGAGGUUGACGGGUAUGCCUCUCAUCCACUCUACCCCCUUCUAUUUCUCCCUCUUCCCUUCUGUAAUCUCCUGAGGCCACUCCAGCCAGCUGAGGAGCUGAUUCAAUCUAGGUUAAAGAAAACACCACACUGACUGAGAAGCUUGAUAGCUGCAGUGCAUUUGCAGUGCAUUGUGGGAUGGCACUUGUCUCCACCCUGCUUUCUUCGCUCAUUCUGGGCAUUUUGGAAAGCCUACUUGUAUGUUGCCACUAUCCACGCUUCUCAUCCAAUGACACUGUGUUCCAGCACUUGGCGCUGCACCCUGACCCUACCGUGGGCACGGUGUACAUUGGUGCACAGGAUCGCCUUUUCCAGCUGUCUGGAUUGGACCGCUUGCUUCUGGAGGUGGAAGAGACAACAGGUCCUUUGAGAGACAGUAAGGAUUGUCUUCCACCUGUAACUCCUGAGAACUGCCCACAUUCCCGGUUAGUAAGUAACCACAACAAGCUGCUGCUGGUGGAACCCUAUUCCCUCCAGCUUAUUACAUGUGGCAGUGUCCACCAGGGCACAUGCCAGAAGCGCAGCCUGGCUAAUGUCAGCCAAGUUCUCUUCUCUGCCGAAAGACCAAUGGACACUCAAUACGUGGCUGCCAAUGACCCAACUGUCUCCACCAUUGGACUUGUAGCAAGUCAGAGAGAUGGGGCUCCACCCUUGCUAUAUGUGGGAAGGGGCUACGUGGGACGGGGUAGCCUCCCACCAAUCUCCACCCGCCAACUUUCCUCUGAGCACAUCUUUUCCUAUGAGGAAACAGCUAAACUAGGUGUGGCUGGCCGCCUAUCAGAGUACGACCACAAUUUUAUACAUGCCUUUGCACGAGGGAGCCAUGUCUACUUUUUAUUCUUAAGACGCAACCUCAAAGCCACCUCCCGAGAAUAUAUAACAUACAUAGCACGGAUGUGCCUGGAUGAUCAUGCAUAUUAUUCCUACAUCGAAGUUCCCCUGACGUGCCACUCUCGCUUGACAAAAAAUUACAAUCUCCUCCAGGGAGCACAGGUGGGUGGAGAGGUCCUGAUGGCAGUGUUUUCAACAUCAUUGAAUGGUGCCAGCAUGCCGAGUGAAGAAUCAGCACUUUGCCUUUACAGUCUGGAUGAUAUUGACCACUGGAUUGAUGGUACACGAGACUUGUGCUACACACAGGAUGGUCAUAGAGAUGGCACCAGGGUGGCAUAUAUAGAGUAUGAGGUUAAAUCCAGCUGUGCCAACUUACCAAAAGACACACUAAGUACCUAUCCUUGUGGCUCAGACCACACUCCAAGUCCGAUGGCCAGCCAGGAGCCAGUGGAAGCUGAAGCGGUUUUGGAGAGUCUUUCUGCUCGUUUCACUGCAGUGGCUGUCAGUGUGAGAGAGGGACAUUCCAUUGCUUUUCUGGGAGACUCCAAAGGAAUUUUACACAAGGUUUUUCUGGGGAGCUCUGGAGAAGUGAAGAGCUACUCCAGUCUUCCCAUCCAGCCAGGUUCAGCCAUUAACCGAGACCUGCUACUUGACUCUUCCCAGAGACACCUUUACAUUAUGACUAGAAAUACAGUAGAGAAAAUGCCAGUGGCAGAGUGUAAUAAACACAUAAAUUGCCAAUCAUGUCUUGCGGCUCGAGAUCCUUAUUGUGGCUGGUGUGUUUUGGAGGGCAAGUGUGUUAUGCGUUCUGACUGUAGUUCUGGCUCAAGGGAAGGCCAUUGGCUUUGGAGUUUUGACAUGGGGCAGAAGUGUCUGAAGGUGGAGUCACUGUCACAGUCCAACAUCAGCCUUGGAGUAGAGAAAAAUGUGGCACUCGAUAUACCGGGCUUGCCCAUUCUCUCUGAGGGCGAUAAGUACUCAUGUUUCUUUGAUGAGACACAAAGUGCUGUGACUGUUCAGGAAACUAUAGUCACUUGCCUCACUCCUUCAGCCAGCAUGUUGCCUCCUGUACCUCAAGGACAAGAUUCAGUGUCAGUCACACUGUCCUUGCGCUUCCUGAACGUGACUGUGGCAGUUCAGGAGUUCACGUUCUAUGACUGUUCUCUUGUGCAGCAACUGUCAGGCACCAUGCCAUGUAUAGGGUGUGUGACUAGUCGCUGGAGGUGUAAUUGGUGUGUUCACCAGCACAUUUGCUCUCACGAGGCUACAUGCGACCAAGGAGUGAUCAUAUACAAUCAGCAUUUCAAGCUACAGUCUUCAACAACAAAAGACUUUGAUACAUUUACUACAGAGUCAACCAAAGUGUCUACUCCAGCCAAAUUUAUAGCCAUAUCUACUGCUGUGGUGAUACCUCCCAUCAUUCAAGAGACAACUGCAAUAACUAGAACAGCUGUGAAACCCUUCACCAACCUGCCGAGCAAUUUCCAGCAUACCAUGCCUUCCUCAACCCAACAGGCAAUAACUAUAGUUGCAAAAGCCCAGGUUCUACAUGAGGACAGCAAUGUAGGUGGAGAGAAGGCACAUGUGUCAGUACUGACUCCUGGUGGCAGUGGUAAGGACAAUAGUGAUCUAAGUCAUAAAGGAUCAGCUGCAGACUUGGCCACAUCCACCACCCAAAUGGUGGAAGCUCUGGAUGCAGGGUUUACACAUAAAGCAGUUUCAACCUCCUCUACUCCUGGGGUGAACCAUUGGUUAAAGCAGACUGAUGAUGUAAAAGCAUUAUUUGAGACUGGAUCAUUAGUGUCUUCUCCUUCUCCUCCAUCUGAGGAUGGAAGGACACAGCAAGUGUCACCUGAUUUUCCAUAUUCUUCAGAAGUGGACUACCAGUCUGACUUUUCCCCCAUGGACAAUGAACGCUCAGUGGUGAGUGAAGCUUCCAACACCUGCCCAUGUGUAGAGAAGGUUCAAGGUUCUUCGCUCCUACCUGUAAACAUUGCCAGACAGAUUACGCUGGUAGGACGCAAUCUGCACCUCUACCAGGAUGAGGAGCUCAGGAUGGAUUAUGAGUGCGUGUUAGCCAUAGAGGGCAGGUCUGUUGUGGUGCCCGCAUUUGUUAAAAGGGAUGACUCACAGCCCUUUUUAUUCCACAUCACGUGUCAACGCCACCAGUAUUCCUACACAGCUGCUGUGGACGAAUACAUUCCAGCAAUCACAGUGAGGAGACGAGGCUAUUUUCAAAUCGACAGUCCUCAGGACUUGCACGUGAAACUGUAUAACUGCUCGGUGGGCCGUUCCGACUGCAGCCGCUGUCACACAGCCGAGCCAAGUUAUGAAUGCGUGUGGUGUGAAGGAAGCCAAUCCAGCUGCAUCUUCAACAGCUCCUGCAAAGAUCACAUCCAGCAAAUCUGCCCUGCACCCCACAUACACCAGAUAGAGCCUCUGUCUGGUCCAGUAGAGGGCGGUACUGUGAUCACUAUCUCAGGAUCGAACUUGGGCCGGAGAGCAGAAGACAUUCAGCAUUCUGUUUAUGUAGCUGGAGUUCCCUGCAUUGUUAUUCCCACAAGAUAUGAGAUUUCCUCCAGCAUCGUGUGUAAGACCACAGCGAGUGGAAGUAGGAGAAAAGGACAUGUUUCUGUAGAGGUUAAAGGAGGAGGAGUUGGAAAAUCUGUUCAGGACUUUUUCUACCAGGACCCAAUGUUACUGGGAAUGUUUCCACUGAAAGGUCCAAUGUCAGGAGGCUCUUUAGUCAUCAUCAUGGGGCGGGAUUUACGAACAGGCCAUUCUAAUGAGAUCAAAAUCCUGAUUGGAGGAGUGCCCUGCAUCUUAACUAGCUCUCCAGAAAUGGAUGAUGAGCAACUCGCAUGCGUGACCAGUGGAAGCAACAGAACAGGAAACCACGCAGUGACAGUGUGGUUUGGAAGAGCAGAGCGGCAUCUAAAGGGCUCUUUUUAUCACUAUACUACAGACCCGAAUAUCACCAGUGCUGCUCCCUCUAAAAGCUUCCUCAGUGGGGGCCGUGUGAUCAGAGUAUCUGGUCAAAACUUGGAUGUUGUCCUGGACCCUCGCAUCCAAGUGACCCUGAGCCCCCCAGGGCCACAAUUCCAGGGUAGAAAAAGGAGAAGGAGAAAGAGAAAGAGUGAGAGGCAUAUUGGAAAAGACGACAUGCUUUGGCCUCUCAAAAGAGAGCGGCGUAUAGUUCCAGAAUCCCGCUGUCCUGAAGACAGCGUCUGUGAUGUGAAGCAGACGGAGAAUCAUUGUGUGAUAAACAGCUCCACUCUGCUUCUGUGCCCCACACCUGCACUGGGCCCUGAAGCUCGCCAUGCCACCGUUAGCAUCCAGUUCUUGCUUGAUAACCUCCACUUCGAUUUUGAGGAGAUCACUGGCAGCCCCUUCACUUAUGAGCUAAACCCUAUUCUCCACCCACUCAACCAGGAAGAUCACAGCAAACCCUACCUUCACAAACCUGGAAGCAUCAUCUCUGUUGAGGGGGAGAAUCUCGACUUGGCCAUUUUUAAGGAGGAGGUGGUGGCUCUGAUAGGUGAAGCCGUAUGUGCUGUGAAAACGCUCACCAGGAACCAUCUUUACUGUGAGCCUCCUGCUGAGCAGCCCUCAGUACCUGCCACGAAGAAACGAGAGGCCAGAGAUCCUCUGCCAGAGUUCACAGUACGAAUGGGGAAUCUAAACUUCUCCCUGGGAAAGGUGGAGUAUGACUUUCUGAGCCAGGCCUUGUUUCCUCUGGAAGCUCAAGUGGGCGUUGGAGUCGGUGCCUCUAUCGUGGCUCUUAUUGUACUCAUCAUCGUGCUUAUAUACAGGAGGAAGAGUAAACAGGCUCUGAGGGAUUACAAGAAAGUUCAGAUUCAGCUAGAGAACCUAGAGACCAGCGUGAGAGAUCGCUGCAAAAAAGAGUUCACUGACUUGAUGACAGAGAUGAUGGACAUGUCUAGUGACUUGGUGGGCUCAGGAAUUCCUUUUCUGGACUACCGUACCUACUCUGAGAGGAUCUUCUUCCCUGGCCACCGGGAGUGUCCACUGAAAAGAGAUCUGGAUGUGCCAGCUUGUCGCAGGACUACAGUAGAGCAGGGGCUCAUCCAGCUCUCCAAUUUACUCAACAGCAAGCUGUUCCUCGUCAAGUUUAUCCACACUUUGGAGAGCCAGAGGACGUUCUCACCAAGGGACCGAGCAUAUGUGGCUUCCCUUCUUACAGUGGCACUGCACGAAAAGUUAGAAUAUUUCACUGACAUUUUGAAAACCCUGUUGAGUCACUUGGUGGAGCAGUACACCAACAAAAACCCUAAGCUCAUGCUGCGCAGGACUGAAUCAGUGGUAGAGAAGCUACUAACCAACUGGAUGUCUAUUUGCCUUUAUUCAUUCCUAAGGGAAUCCGCAGGUGAGUCUUUUUACAUGCUAUUCCGAGCCAUAAAGCACCAGGUGGAUAAGGGCCCUGUGGAUGCUGUAACAAGCAAAGCCAAAUAUACACUCAACGACAACCGGCUACUGCGUGAUGAUGUAGAAUACCACACACUGACUCUAAAUGUCCUGGUAACCAGUGGAGGUACAAAUGAAUCACAGACAGUUCCUGUUAAAGUGCUGGACUGUGACACCAUCACACAAGUGAAGGAGAAGAUCCUGGAGCAUGCAUGGAAGGGCACAUCAUACUCUCAGAGACCCUCCACAGAUUCAGUGCACUUAGAAUGGAGGGCUGGGAUGGCAGGACACCUGAUCCUGUCUGAUGAAGACCUGACCUCAGUGGUUCAGGGCUCCUGGAAACGUCUAAACACUUUGCAACACUACAAGGUCCCCGAUGGAGCCACAGUUACACUGGUAUCACGACAGUCCAAAAAUCAUGAUGACAGCCAUGACUACAUACCAGGAGAAAAAACUCCAAUGCUGGAGGAUGGAGAGGAUGAAGGAAUAAGGCUUUGGCAUCUGGAGAAAGCCAAUGAAGAGCCAGAUCUGUCCAAACACAGACGAGGGAGUCUGAAAGAAAGAGAGCGAGAGAGAGCCAAGGCCAUUCCAGAGAUCUACCUGACACGAUUACUGUCUAUGAAGGGCACGUUGCAAAAGUUUGUUGACGACUUGUUCACCGUGAUUCUUAGUACCAGUCAGCCAGUUCCUCUGGCUGUAAAAUAUUUUUUUGAUCUGUUGGAUGACCAGGCAGCACAACACAAUAUUACCGACCCUGAAACCAUCCACAUCUGGAAGACGAACAGUCUACCACUGAGGUUCUGGAUCAAUAUUCUGAAAAACCCACAAUUCAUCUUUGAUGUCCCAACCUCAGACAAUGUGGAUGCAGUGCUGUCUGUUAUCGCUCAAACCUUCAUGGACUCCUGUACAAUCGCUGACCACAAACUGGGCAGGGAUUCUCCUAUAAACAAAUUGCUGUAUGCUCGAGACAUCCCACGCUACAAACAGAUGGUGGAAAGGUAUUAUGCUGAUAUAAAGCAUACCAUGUCUGCCAGUGACCAAGAAAUGAACUCUGUUUUGGCAGAGCUGUCUAGGAAUUACUCCAGUGAAGUAAGUCAUCUAGUGGCCUUGAAUGAGUUAUACAAGUAUAUCAACAAAUAUUAUGAUCAGAUCAUUGCUGCUCUAGAGGAAGACUCAACUGCUCAGAAGAUGCAGCUGGGCUACAGGCUUCAGCAGAUUGCAGCAGCUGUGGAAAAUAAAGUGACUGACCUUUGACCUCCUAACUCAGACUGUAAUUUAAGGAGAGUGAAAAAAAAAACAAGAACGAAGUACAGAGAUGGAGCUGGGACUUCUAGAAGCAUGAAUGCAAAGACUGGGAUUUCUGAUUGACUCAGAGGUCUUUGGAGCGACUGGUGUGUCCUAAGCUCAACGAAUCUCACUGCAGCCUUCUGUCAAACCAAGCCUAGUAUGUCAGAGAGUUUGAGAUGUAGUUCCGGCUGGAUAAUUCCUGCUAACUAAUGACAUUUCAUAUUUGCAAUAUGCUUGCAGGCUUGUCGAGAACUUUUGUGGACUAUUUGUGAAAAGCUUCUGAAGCUCUUAAGAUAAUUAAAAAUUUUUUUUUUUUUUUUUUUGUUUGGUUCUUUUUUUGUAAUCUUUGCACUUCAUUGGAGCUUAAGGUGAUUUUUGUCUUUGCAUUUUUGAAAAAAAAGAUACAGCUUUUUAAAAAGAUGUCAUUUUUUUAUCUGCACAAAUUCAUUCAUAGUUUUUUAAAUGUACAGUCAGUGCAUACCUGGUUACCAUAAAUAUAUCACGUAAAACCAUACACACUGCAUGUAUUGCACAUGUGUAUGUACAUUUCUACUGAACUGCAACCAUAAAAUCCUACCAUAAACUAUAAAAUACUUAGGAAAAAUAUAUGAGCCUGAACACAGCUGCUGCUGCAAAAUAGAUUUUGGGAUUCCUCACACUGUUGUGUAAUAUGAGGUACAGUGUACAGUAAGCUACAUUCAGCCUUAUCCAGUCUUAGGAUGACAGGAUGGUAAAGCUAUAUAGAGGGUUAAGAUUUAGGCAUACAAAUGUUUGUUCUGCUUCCAGGCAAAUGUGAGUGAAGAUAAAAAAAAAAAAUACAACAUUUAAUGGCACUACACUGUCAAGGAGCAUAUGUUAGCUAAUGAAAUGCACUUAACAUACGAAAUACUGUAAAUUUGCAUUCGGUUUAGAAAUGCAACAACAUACACUCAAUAAAAUAACACUUGUAGUGAGACAAGAUUCUUAAAGGAAUGACAGCAUUAGAAUGACACUGUAACGUCACUAUCGUGUUCACAAUUUUACUAUGCAUAAGUGUUACCGUGAGCACAAUUUCUAAACACUAACCUGUACAACAUUGCGCUGUAUUUUUCGUGCUCCGUGCCAUAAAGCUCUGAUAUAUUUCUGAGCAGUUAUCAUGUAGGCACUGUAAUCACUGAUCUAUUGCUAAUAACUUGCCUAGUUUGAUCAUAUUUCAUGUAAAACCAAAGGCUCAGGUACAAGCGAAUGAAACCCACCUACUCUUUAACUACUGACACAUUGAAUAUGAUAUUCGGUUGUACAAUUUUUAAAUGCAGAUAAAGAUAAAGCUUCAUCUGGAUCAAUUCAAAUAAAGCACAACACAUUAGGCAUGCCAUAGUGAAGAUCGUAUCAGUAUGCAUGAACUGGCCAUGUGGUCCUAUAAUGCUUUAUAAUGUAUUUCACUGUUGAAUAAAAAGUUGAAUAUACAGCUUCACUGAUGUGUAACACAGCCACUGUGUGUCACUCCUGCUUACCGUUCACCUGUACGAUGUGGCGAAUUGUUUUAUUUAUUUAUUUAUGUUGUUUUUUUUGGCUGAUCGCACUUGAUUUAUGUAAAGACCAAAUGAAAUCCUAUGAAUGAUUUCUGGCCCACUUUAUAAUUUUUUUUUUUUUUUUGACCCCAAUGUCAUGUCUAGUAAACGACUAUAAUUUAUACAUUCUAAAUAUACAAGUCUUAAUUUUAGUGGCCUAGACAUGAACGUUUACAGUGUUAUUUUGUCAAUCGUGCUUUGGUCAUGUGGUCAUUUCGCGCUGUUCUUAAGCGUAUAACAUAAAUUUACUCUGUCAUUUUUACCUGGGCUUUUAUACUGUAAAAUAGUGAUGUAGUCAGCCGUAUGCUUUCGGAGCUGUUGAGCUGUACUUAUGUGUGUAGAGUGUACAUUAAAUAAAGCAGUUAGCACUCUUGUUUAAUUUAA